AUGGCAGGACACUAUAACACACCGCUAGAUGACCCUAUCGAGAGCAUCUACCCUUUCAAUGUGUUAAGAGAUAAUGCCCUCGUCGUUGACAUCGGUGGAGGCAAAGGCCACCAUUCGAUCCGACUUGCUGAGAAGUACGAAAUGAUGUCUUUCAUCGUCCAGGACCAAACCAGUGUUGUUGAAACUGUUCAAACUGAAAACUUACCACAAUCCGUCGCCGGGCGAAUCGAAUGGCAGGCACAUGACCUACACUCUCCACAGCCGGUCCAGGGGGCAGAUGUUUACAUAUUAAGCCAUAUCAUGAUGGACAAUCAGCCUGGGUGUGUAAAGAAAAUCGAUCCCCGUUACUUGGGAGCAAUAAUUAACGCCUGUUUCCUUCUCGCAGUACCUGCGCAAAUAUACUCAGACAUGCCUCAAACGCAAUGA